AUGUCCAGCAGGGACGACAAGACGUUAAGCCCCAACUUCCAUCCGCCCUUGGCUAGCAACUGGCAUGUGCUCUACUGGCACGAUCUUAAAAUCGGCAUCGUCGAGCCAAUCGACAUCGGCAUCGCCGUAAGGCGGCGAACCACCGGUCAUUUUACCCCUCUGGCGGCCGACGAAGCGGUCCGCGACCUGCGCCGCCGCGCCUUCAGGGGCAUGUCGUGCUUGGGCAAGAGUCUGCUGUGGGACUUCACCCAAGGUAAGGUCUGGCUCUUGGCCAAGUCGCUGUCCCCCGUGGUCAGUAAGUUCUUACGGGCCCAGCUGCCGGCUCCUGCUCCCGCCGUCUCCGGUCCGCCCCCCGCCAAAGCAGCCAAGCUCGGGACAAGGGCUAGCAGCAACAGCCAGAGGGCGAGGGACAUAACGAGCCCCUAUCCCAGUACCCCCGCAACUUGCUGA